AGGCUAUAAGAUCGAGGUGCGCGCGACGCCCCGGGGAGACCGCGAGGGGGCGAGGGGAGCGAGACCGAAAUCUCCCAGCGGAACCCACACAGCCGUGAGCAUGGCGUCCUCGGCGAGGUCCACUCCCCCGACCACCAGGAGAUUGGACGGCAUCAACCUCCCGACCAGCAAGUGCGACGUGGUCGUCGUAGGGGGAGGCAUCUCAGGUCUGUCUGCUGCCAAACUGUUGGCCGAAUAUGAAAUUGAUGUUGUGGUUUUAGAGGCACGGAACCGAGUUGGAGGAAGGACUUACACUUUGAGGAAUGACUUUGUUGAUUAUGUUGAUAUUGGUGGAGCUUAUGUAGGACCUACUCAAAAUAGAAUCCUACGAUUAUCUAAGGAGCUGGGUAUAGAGACUUACAAAGUAAAUGUGGAGGAAUGCCUUAUUCAUCAUGUAAAGGGAAAAUCUACAGCCUUCCGGGGAACUUUUCCUCCAGUGUGGAAUCCCAUAGCAUAUCUGGAUUACAACAAUCUGUGGAGGACAAUAGAUCACAUGGGGAAGGAGAUUCCUUCAGAGGCUCCCUGGCAGGCACCUCAUGCUGAAGAAUGGGACAAGAUGACCAUGAAGGAGCUCAUUGAAAAAAUCUGCUGGACAAAAACUGCCAAGCAAUUUGCUUUUCUUUUUGUGAAUGUCAACGUUACGUCUGAACCUCAUGAAAUCUCUGCCCUCUGGUUCCUGUGGUAUGUGAAGCAAUGUGGGGGCACAACUAGAAUAUUUUCUGUCAGCAAUGGGGGCCAGGAAAGGAAGUUUAUUGGAGGUUCUGGUCAAGUUAGUGAAAAGAUCAUGGAACUUCUUGGAGAACGAGUAAAGCUGGAGAAGGCUGUAUCCUAUAUUGAUCAGUCGGGUCAAAGUGUUUUUGUGGAAACGACAAACCAUGACGUAUAUGAGUGCAGAUAUGUAAUUAGUGCCAUCCCUCCAAUCUUGACUUCCAAGAUCCACUUCCGACCAGAACUUCCAUCAGAGAGAAACCAGUUAAUCCAGCGUCUUCCAAUGGGGGCCAUCAUUAAAACUGUGAUGUAUUACAAGGAAGCCUUUUGGAAGAAGAAGAAUUACUGUGGCUGUGUAGUCAUUGAAGAUGAAGAUUCUCCAAUUUCAAUCACUUUAGAUGACUGCAAGCCAGAUGGAACUUUACCUGCCAUCAUGGGGUUUAUCCUUGCCAGGAAGGUUCAUCAACUUGCCACCAUUAGUAAAGAGCUACGGAAGAGGAAAAUCUGUGAAAUUUAUGCGAAAGUAUUGCACUCACAAGAAGCUUUGCAACCAGUGCAUUAUGAGGAGAAGAACUGGUGUGAAGAUCAGUACUCUGGAGGCUGCUACACGGCCUACUUCCCGCCAGGGACCAUGACUCAGUAUGGAAGGGUUAUCCGCCAGCCAGUUGACAAGAUUUAUUUUGCUGGGACAGAGACAGCAACCUAUUGGAGUGGGUACAUGGAAGGAGCAGUGGAAGCUGGAGAAAGAGCAGCUAGAGAGGUGUUGAAUGCCUUGGGGAAGGUGGCAAAAAAGGAAAUUUGGGUACCAGAACCAGAGUCAAAGGAAAUUCCAGCCCUGGCAAUCACCACCACCUUCUGGGAGAGGAACUUACCAUCGGUUUCAGGCCUGCUGAUGGCUCUCGGAGUGUCCUCUUCCAUAAUUGCCCUCUGUAUGAUUAUUUGCAAAUGCAAGAGCUUGGCACGAUAGAUUCUAAAAUUUCAUUUUCAUGCUUUCUGCUUCUUCCUUCCCCAGUAUCAUCAAAAGGAAAACCUGGAAAAAUUAAAUGUGGUAACAUUGGACCCUAUUUUUGUGCACUGGAUUUUACAAGCCAGUUUUUUCCCCUGUCAGUGUUAAAGUCAUCUCCCCCAAAAUUGCACUCAGUCAGUUUCAGUAGGAGCAGGGUCUGUCCCAUCACUUGUAUGUGCCGAUUAACUUGUAUUCAUUGAUAGAAUAAAACCAUAGUGUCAGAUUUUGAAUUUCAGGAAGUUGAAAAUCUCAAGGGAAAGCUUUGAAAGAUCAGAUGCUCAUAAGAAACAAUCACUUACUUCUAUAUUCUGAUUUUUCUCCUUUAAAAAACAAGAGCACCUUAUGAUUUCAUUAAUAAAUUUCUUUUUAAGCUUCUGUCUGCAGUGGCUCCAUAAGUUAAGGAUCAAUCCUAUGAAAUGAUCAUCACAGCAGGGAGGCUGGCCUGAGGGCCAAGUGGCAGUGCAGACUAAACCACUCCUUCCUUCUUUGGGAAUGGGGAGGUUUCUAGAGCCCACUGUUCACAGUGUAUCCUGCAAUGAGCAGGCCUCCUUUCUUAAUCAUUAAAAAAUUAUUUUCUUAAUCAUUUUAAUGUGGUAUACUAGAAAUAAAAACAUUGGAUUAAGGUUUGUGUACAUCUCAUAUACAUCUGCUGUGGGGAAUGCCAUUCCAUUUUCAGUUUCCACAAAUUGUCUUAUUAUCUGGUCUUCUCUGUUGCUGUGUGUGUGUGUGUGUGUGUGUGUGUGUUCCUUUGCUGCUAGAUGUGUGUAUGUGUGUGUAUGUGUGUGUGUGUGUGUAUUUGUUUUCCUUUGCUGCUAGAGAUGUACUCAAAACCUGAGAAGAAUGUAUUUACUGAGGUAUACAGUUUAAAGUGUUUAAGGUAUAUUGAGGUAUACAGUUUAAAGUUGGUUAGGAUAAAGUCUAUGAGUAGAAGCUUACAUUAGUCCAAACCAAGCAUUUUUCUAAAGGCUUAUAAUUAGUAUAUUCUUACAGAUAAAACCAGUAUGCCCCCCAGUACUGCAUGAAAUUCGAGAGAAUCAGUUUAAUCAUUGUCAAAGAAAACCUGAAAUGUGGGUUUGGGGUUAGAAUUGAAACUGGGGGGAGGGGCAUCAGGAACUUCUUUUUUUUUUCCUAUUGCAGCCAUUUUUCACUUAGACCAGAGGUUAAACUUUAAUGCUACUUCUGUUUUCAUAGCACCACUUUCUUCUACAUUAUGAUUAGAUGGUUAUCAAACCAAAUAUUUUGAUGAAAUAAUGUUGCUAAAGAUUCAAAUUGUACUCAUAUAUGGUAACAUUUUUAGAUUUCAGAUUACUAUGUAUUUUCAAAAAUAAUUCUGAAGGAUAUCAAAUAUAAUCUUAUAAAUCAUUCAUCAAAAGAAAAUAGGAAUCAGUGAAAAUUAUGUGACCUUUUAAAUUCAUUUUACUUUAAAGACAGGAAAUCAAGUGGAUUAUAAAUAUCCUUUAUUCUAGAAGUCCAAUAGUACACAUUUCUUCCUCAUGAUGCCAUUUUGCUGUCACAUUUUUGAAAAUUUUCUUAAAUCCUAGGCAGCAUUUCUAAACAUACAGAAGGGAUAUCUUGUUAAUAGUAAUGUGAGGUGGGAGGAGGGGAGAGAAGAAGCCAUCCAGAUAAUAAUUGUAGAAAGUAAUUUAGAAGAUCUUGAAAAGUCACUCAUGGCAAUGUAGUGAGUAUCUAUGUAAAAUAAUUUGUCCAACAUAAGUCCAGGGACCAGUAUGUUUCACUUAAGUAAGUUUUCCAGAUAACUGAAGCUAAACCCUUCAGGUGCCAAAACUUUAAACAAUUUAACUUUUAUCGAGCUCUCUGUCAAGUGAAUAAUGAAACACUUUCAUAUUCUCAUUAAACAAAAAUUUAGAUUUUCCUUGAUUUCUCAGGGUUCCUUUUAUAACCAUUCAUAGUACAUCUGCUCAAUGCCCUUAGAAGCCACAUGUCCCGUCCAGUGGCUGUUCCGUGAUGUGAUUCUUCAGCCUCUCCUGGAUCCUCCUUCACUAUUAUUGUCAUUUGUCAGGGCCAGCUUUGCCCUUCUUUCUCAGUCUACCACGCCUUGUAAACUGAGAAGAACUAUUGGUUGCCAAAGGAAGCUAGGUAGAUUUGAUUUAUUAAAUCCCCACCUUCUUAAAGAGUACUGCUCUAAGGUAGCAGGAAGCCUGGAAGACUCUUCUAAGUAAAAAGCAGCCUUUGGGAUAGUUGUGUAUAGCUGGUAGCUCUGAACCCUUGGCUGGCUGCUUUCAGGUUUUCUGCUGUAUUCCCUGGGUAGAUGGGAUUGCUGUAACCUAGUCAAUCACAGUCACUCCUAGCUCUUCAGUGGAGAACCACUGCUUUAUAGGGCAUGAGGGUCAGAUUUAAUAAUGGCCUAGGGGUGUUAAUACAACUGACUCCCAGGUUUUAACUGCUUCAUCAGUAGGCAGCUGUGGUAUGACAGGGUGGAGAUAGCCUUGACCAAGAUUCAGAAGACUGAUCAGCUCCGUGACUUUGGAACAGUCACUUGCCCUCCCUGGGCCUCAGUUUCCUCCUCUGAAAAAACAAGAGGAACCUUAUUCCCUCUUGUUCUUAGCCAAUCCAUUCUAGUCAGUACAGUUGUCUUAAACUACAGCUUAAAUUAGUCAAAAAAUAAGUGCCAAUCCAGACAUUUUCAUGGAAUCAGCUAUAGGCAAGGACUUACAGAUCAUGUUACCUACCUGAAUAUAGAGAUUGUAAUAACCUUUCCUGGACCAAACGAAUGAAGUCACUUUGAAAAAUCUGAUAGUGUGUUCUCUUAUUAGGCCAUCUACUUCAGAAUUUCCGAGAUUGAAGUAGGAGAACUACAGUAAGAUCUCUAGAAAUGGGUAACAGUUAACUUGAGGUGGUUAUUAACUGUGUUAAUAGAAAAUGUUAACAUACUGUGUUUUAGAAAAACUUUGAAAUUAAGGAUUGGGGAAUGUGUUCAAUUUGUCAGUUUAGUGUCUGAUGUUUUAUGUUUCAAGUUUGCCUCAAAGUUGCGUUAUGUGGAAGUAUGUGUGUGUUCUUUGGCUAUAAAGUAAUAUUUUGCCUUUACUGUCUUGUUUGUUAAUAAAGUAGAAUGAAUAUCAA